CAGAGUCCAAGAUGACAGCUCAGUCAUGUGAUCAGCUGUGUCUGAUCACAUGUAAACAGGGAAAUGCCGGUUAUCGCCCCAGCAGUGCCAGCUGUCAGUGUCCAUCAGUGCCAGCUCUCAGUGCUCAUCCAUGCCACCUGCCAGUGCCCCCAUCAGUGCAACAUUUCAGUGCCCAUCGAUGCCACAUAUCAGUGCCCACCUGUCUUUCAGUGUCACCCAUCAGUGCCAGUCAGUGCUACUUAUCAGUGCUGCCAAUCAGUGCCGCCUAUCAGUGCCCGUCAGUGCUGCCUAUCAGUGUCAUAUAUGAGUGCUGCAUUUCAGUGCCCAUCAGUGAUGCCUGUCAAUGCCCAUCAGUGCCUCUUCAUCAGUUCCCAUCAGUGCCACCUAUC